CGACCGAGGAGGGUGUGUCGCGCGUCUCCGCACUCGCACGGACGAAAUUACGAUCCCGAACUGUGAACAACAAAACUUACCGUGUUUCCAACUACCGCGAGCCGAUGCCCACCGAUUUACGAUGACAAGCGGGCUCACGUGAAAGCGCCAUGAUAUUCAAGAUGGGAGGAGGGAAGCCCUCGGGCAAGAGUCCUCCGGAGAAAAAGGAGGAGAAGAGCAGGAGCAAGAAGGAGGUCUGCUCGGAGAGAUGUGCGGACCCGUGGACGUACUGUGCAGUGUUGUGGUGUGCGUGUGCCAUGAGCCUGGUGUCGAGCGGGUACAGCGUGUGGCGGCAGCAGGGUCUGCAGGCGCGGCUGCAGCUGCUGGAGGAACAGCACCUGGCGCUGCGCAGCGCGGUGCUGGAGCCGCAGCAGCCGCUGGUCGAGCGCCUCCGCCGGGACCUGCGGCCGCCCAGCUUCUACCGCCCGCGCCGCAGCAUACGGGACUACGACUGCAGAUGCCCACCAGGUCCGCCGGGCCCGCCGGGCAAGCGCGGCAAAAAGGGCAAGAAGGGCGACUCCGGGGAGCCCGGCCCGCCGGGGUCGAUGGGCGCGCCUGGAAAGAAUGGAUUUCCGGGGAGCAAAGGCGAGAAGGGCGAGCGCGGUUUCAUGGGGCCGAUCGGGCUCGACGGACCGAAGGGAGAUCCGGGUCGAGCCGGCGACAAGGGGCAGAAGGGCGAGCACGGCAGCCCCGGCUUCGACGUCUUCUCCGCCGUCAAGGGCGUGAAAAGAUCCGUGGACAGCUAUAAGAUGAGCCCCUACACAACGGCGGAGAUCAUAGCCGUCAAGGGCCUGCAGGCGGCCGGCCACAACAUCUCGGCGCAGACCAUCAUUCAGCUGAAGGGCGAGCCCGGCGAACCCGGCCCGCCCGGCCCGCCGGGGCCGACCGGUGCGGAGGGCAUCGCGGGCGCCGAGGGCCGCGUGGGGCCGGCCGGAGCGCCGGGGCCCGCCGGCGCGCCGGGGCCUCAGGGACCGCCCGGACCCGUGGGGCCGCAGGGGCCGCCCGGACCCGCCGGACUUAGGGGAGACAAGGGCGACAAGGGCGAACGAGGCUUCACGACGACGCUGAAGGGAGACGCGUUCCCCACCGGCAUCAUCGAGGGCCCCCCUGGCCCCCCCGGCCCGCCCGCGGCGGGUGCGGCGGGCGCGGCGGGCCCGCGCGGCCCGCCCGGCACGGACGGCCGGCCCGGCGACGCCGGCGUGCCUGGCCCGCCCGGCAAACCGGGCGACAUCGGGCCCAAGGGUGAGAAGGGCGACUACGGCGACAUGGGCUCGCCCGGCAUGCUGGGCGCGCCCGGCCUGCCCGGCCCGCCCGGCUACCCCGGCCUCAAGGGCGAGAAGGGUGACAAGGGAGACUCGAAGUACCGCAAGCUGAGGCGGCGACAGAACUUGCAGGGCGACGGCACGGGCUACGAGCUCUACGGACACGAAAUUAUGAUGGGGCCGCCGGGCGCGCCGGGGCCGGCCGGGGCGCCCGGCGUGGCGGGGCCGCCGGGCAUCAAGGGCGACAAGGGUGACCCCGGAGCCCGGGGCAAGGCGGGCGAGCGCGGCGAGAAGGGCGAUCCUGGGCCGAUGGGACUGCCGGGUCCGGUGGGGCUGCCGGGCGAGACGGGCGCGCCGGGUCACCCGGGCGACGCCGGCCCCCGGGGCCCGCCCGGACUCGACGGCAUGAAGGGCGCGCAGGGCGAGCCGGGCGGCAAGGGCGAGCGCGGGGACCCCGGCCUGCCUGGCACGGACGGGAUCCCGGGACAGGAGGGACCGAAAGGCGACAAGGGCUACAAGGGCGAACCGGGGCCGAGCGGCAAGCGCGGGCGCAAGGGCGACAAGGGCGACCGCGGCGAGCAGGGCGUGCCUGGCCUCGACGCGCCCUGCCCGCUGGGGCCUGACGGCCUGCCUCUGCCCGGCUGCGGCUGGCGACCCACCAAGAUGUCGGUGUGGCAGGAGGCGGCACGCGAGGAGCGGCCGGCGGGCUCGGAGGAGCGCGAGGCGGGCGGCGCGGGGGAGGAGGAGGAUGGCGAGGACGAGGGCGAGUACGACGCGCGCGACGACCUCGACCCGCCGCGCGACUACGACGACUACAGCGACAACCACCGCGACCCGCCCGCGCCGCGCGACUGACCGCACCCGGAGGCGAUGCUGGCGUGGCUGCGGCACCGCCUGGAGCUGGACGCUGUCGACAACGACCUGCGCCCCGACGCCCG